AUGAACAUUAAUAUUGAAAAGGCACAAAAAACACUUGGCUCUAUUCUGGACCAGUUUCAGAAAGGAAAGACUGAUGUGAGAAGUGUCCAGGAAAAGUUUAAAGAUGAGUGUGACAAAGAGCAUUUGAAUACAAAUGAAAUUACGAUUGUGCUCGCUAGAAGACUACACCAAUUCCUCACAUACUACACAAAACAACCACACCGCAAAACACCGUUUUACUACAGUUGCAUGGACUUGUUGACAAGAAUUUUCGUGGGGAUGGACAACUCGUCGCAGGUGAUUCUCCGAAUGUUGUUGAUGGAAGGAACGACGUCACGGUACAAAAAGUCUCUUGUCAAGAUUUUAAGUAAAUACCCACUCGACAAACUUCAAAACGCUUGUCAAGUUCUCGUCGAAAUGAGCUACUCAAGGUCUUCAAAAUUACAGAAAGCAUCACUCCAAAUUUUACUGCAAAUUUUACCAAAGAGAAAUUACACAGAGUUUCUUACAUCGACUUCAGAAAAGAUUGUCAAGGUGCUCUCAACACCCGAGAUAUUGAAAAAAGCGGAUUUUGACACAAUUAUCCAUUUGCUACGAAAAAGUACUCUGUCACAAACACUUUUUGAUGAGGUGCAAAAUAGGUUCAAUGGAUUGAAGAGUGACGAAUUGAGAAAGCUGUUUCAUUUGGUCGGUGGUUCGUACAAAGACUCCGACACGCGACAAACAGCCCUUUUCGUGUUGGGUUUAAUCAACAAUGUUCCACAAAUACUUUUUGAAACACUGGACAGAUUUUGCGACGCGCCACUCAUUUCUGUUAUUUCACACAUCAUUCUAUUACACCCCACACAUUCGCCAAAUGAGUUUUGUGACUGUUUGUACAUCGACCAGAAUUCGUCACCUUCACAAUUUUACGCAGCGGCAAGAGUAUUUCAAAAUGGAUUAUCAAUUUCAAUGAACCUCAGUGACAGCCAAAUUUUAAGCAAAUUGAGCGAAAAAACCGCGGCAAUACCAGUCGUUGAUUUUCUAUGUUUCGCACCAACAAUGGUACACACUUUGAAGGACGAAUUUUUCACUGCAUUACAAACACUCCUCAGAAUACCAUGCCCGCUAUACCACGGGUUUUCCCAGACUACACUUGUGGUUAGGUGUAUUGCGAGGUACUUUUCCAAAGAAGCGUGUUUGUUAGUUGCCGAUUUUUUGUCGGAUGUGUUUCCUUCAUUAUCAUUUGGUGGUGAAUUUCCAAGUCAAACCGUCGGUGUUAGUGCAGACCACGCGGUUAGGUACUCCACGAACCCACACUUCGAGGCGAUUCAGAAAAUGUCGCAAAUUGACCUCGCAUUGGUGGCGACAGAUACACUUUUUUCUCUUUUGAACUUUGGUUCGGAUAUAGAAAUGCCGUUGGCGAAAAACAUUGAGGAAAGUUAUUUGGUUCCCGCACUUGCUGCAAAAGAAAGUCUCGAAUUAUCUCUUUCGAUUUUGGUUUCAUAUUUUCCAGAGGAUGCGCUGAGAUUAUUUCCAUUGAUUGUGAACAAGUUCUGGGGAGACAAGUCAGUACACAUCCACAUCGCUUUGAUUUGCGCUUUGGUAGAAUUAGGAGCGAUGUUGCCGAUAGACUCAAUCGACACAGCGCUCGCAAAAACACAUUUGCCCCAUGGACCAAAAAAAUGGAGGUCACGAGCAAACAACUUUAUCUCUUCGAUACUUGGAAUCGAAUUUGAUUUGGACAUCUUGUCCUCGAUUUCAGAUAUCUUUGUGUCCGAGCUUGAGAAGCCACAUGUCACACAACGCAUGGCGUCUGUAAUAAUCUGUGGCAUAAUUUUGUGGAUGAAGGAGGAUGUGCUAUCAAACCCUAAAGCACUUGGUUUGGUCUUUGCUUUAGUCUCCACAAGGUACAGACAGUAUGAGGGAGACUUGAUCAGAGUGUGCAUUUCCCGCCCAGACAUUGUCGAAGAGGCAAUUUUAAUUGCGUUGAAAGUGGUUAGUAUGCGAAACGAAAAAAGCAGUUUAAGAAGCAUCAUCCAGCUUCUUUUCCAACGAAAGUGGAUUGAUGGAAAAAGGAUUUUUGUUGGUAUUUUGGGAGAAGUAUGGAAUGGGGAAAGGGGACUCAGCGAGUUGCUCAAAGUUUUGAGAGAUGUUACCAAUUGGGGAAAAGAAUGGGAAGUUCUUCGUGGUAUUUGUGCAGUUGUGCUGAGUUAUGGGAAAUUGGCGGGAGAGGCCGAGUUGAUGAGAAUCGGUUGGCUUGAAAAUGAAGAACAAACACGUUCAAACGAUGUUUCUAAACUGACAAAAGACCAGUUUUCAAAAAUUUAUUCCCACCUAUCAUUUGAGGACUCUGAAUGA